GAUCGGAGACCGGGCCCUGAGGAUGGCAGGCAGGGACCGCGACCUGAGCACCAGGAUGGCCACAGAAGAGCAGAAUGUAGAGGACAGGCUUAUCUAUGACCGUAUAUUCAGUCACUUCAAAAGACAUAAGGUGGAGAUUUCAUGUGCAAUAAGAAAGACAUUUCCAUUCCUUGAGCGCCUCCGUGACCAUGAAUUCAUCACAAAUAAAAUGUUUGAAGAUUCUCAAGAAUCUUGUAGAAACCUGGUGCCUGUACAAAGAGUGGUGUACAAUGUUCUCAGUGAGCUGGAGAAGAACUUUAACCUAGAAGUUCUGAAGAUAUUGUUCAGCGAUGUCCACAUGAAGGAAUAUCCUGAUUUAAUUCCCAUUUAUAAAAGCUUCAUAAAUGUGCUCCCAGACAAAUCGUAUUUACAAGAAAGUGAUGAAGAAGGGAGAGAGGAGGGGCCCAGCAGCCAACUAAGGCUUGAACAAGGAACUGGUGAAAACUCUUCUCAAAGCCUGCCUGGACCACACUCAGAUUCCUCCUUUUUCACUGGUACAAUCCCACCUGAAAGCGGACUCUUGGAGCACCUCUGUGAAACAGAACAGGCAAACACAAGGAGAAAUGAUAUGAUCAGAGGCAAAAGUGGUACACUAGGAUGCCAACGAGCAAAUCAACAACGUGUCCAAAAGCCUGAGCCAGCAGGGGUAGAGCUACGCAACCAAGGAAUCCAAGUUAAUUCCUGUUUUGUGCGUCUGGUGGAUAUAAAGAAGGAACAGCCACUUUUUAACUCAGAAGAUGAGCAGCGAGCCCAAGCAAGAACUAACCAUAACCAGGCAUCUGACAUAAUAGUUAUCAGCAGUGAGGACUCUGAACAAUCCAAUGAUGGAGAGAAGCCCCCGGGAGCCCCCAUCUCAGCCCUGGAAAGUGAGCCUGAUCAAGAAGUGAUCAAUGUUUGCAACUCUUCAAAAUCAAGCGAGACAGAGGAGACCCAAGAAGCCACUUGCUCACGACCCCAGACUGCACCAGGACAUGACUAUGACUUUUCAGAAUCCAGUGAGGAUGAGUCACCCCCGAAAGUCUGGAGUUCAGCACUGAGAAAUGAGCGUGGUGAGAAGGAUCCUGUGAAUGUUAAAUACAUAUCUACUUGGAGGAUACGCAAAAGGAAAUCACCACAUAGGUCUCAAAGUUUUCCAUGGCUCAAGGGGAUCAGCAGUAGUGACUCUUCAGAGCUGAGUCAUGGAGAAGACACUCAGGAAACCCGCAGCUCAGCCCUAAGAAGUGGGUCAGGAGCAGACCUACAAAGACCUAAAAAGGAGAAGUGUUCCUGUGUCAUGUGUUUUUCAAAUGGCGUGCCAAGAAGUCAAGAAGCAACAACAGAACAUAGCCAAACACCUGACAUGAUGGAUACCAUGGAUGCUGGAAACAAUUCUGCUUUGGAAAAACACAGUAGAAAAAGAAGGAGACGGAGAGGUAGACCUAGAAUCAACUUUACUCUGAGUUACAGAGGCCGAGGGAAAAGAUAUCAAGUAAGAGAGAGAAAAACUGCCAUCCUUCGACAUUUGGGGAGAGCAAGAAGCAGAAGAGGCAGAAAAAGAGCUUUCGCAGGGAGAAAAAUAGCCCACCCUGCACCUUUGAAAAGAAGAAGAAGAGGAACCUCAGAGAAGUGUAUAAAGAGUGAGACUGGAAGGUGGUUGACUCCCAGGGAAUUUGAAAUUGAAGGAGGCCGCGCACCAUCCAAGAACUGGAAGCUAAGUAUACGCUGCGGUGGAUUUACCCUGAAACACCUGAUAGAGAAUGGAUAUCUACCAAACACACCAAGAACAAGAAAAAAGAGGAUACUGAAGUCUCACAACGAUACCUUAGGUGACCCUUAUCCAGAAAACUCGAAUAUAUGUGGGGUGUGCAAAAGAGGGGGAAAGUUGUUCUGCUGUGACACCUGUCCAAGAUCCUUUCAUGAGAACUGCCACAUCCCACUGGUGGAAGCUGAGAGGGACCCAUGGAGCUGCAUCUUCUGCGAGAUAAAGGUUAUCCAGGAAAGGUGCCCAGAAAGCCAACCAUGUCGUCGGGAAUCUGAGGUUCUGAUGAUGCAGAUGCUGCCCGAGGUACAAUUGAAAUGUGAGUUUCUCCUCUUGAAAGUCUAUUGUGAUUCAAAAAGCCUCUUUUUUGCCUCAAAACCAUAUUAUAGUAGAGAGGGGUCUCAGGGCCCACAGAGGCCCAUGUGGUUAGACAAAGUCAAGAAAAUGCUGACUGAGAAGAUGUACCCGCAAGUGAAGGAGUUCGUGGGGGACAUGCGCCUCAUCUUUCAGAACCACAAGGCAUUUUACAGGGAAAAUAAAUUCAUCAAACUGGGACUUCAAGUAGAGAACAACUUUGAGAAGAAUUUCAAAAACAUUUUUGCAAUUCAGGAAACCAGCAAGAACGAUUCUCCAUUUCAGCCCAUUAUUAUGUUAACUUAGCCCAUUUUUAUUUCCUCCCUUCGGACCCUCCAGCAGGGGGGUGCACAGUGUGCGGUGGUCCCCUCACCUCUGCACACUCCCGUGCAAACGGCAUAUCCCCUGCUUUUCCAAACUUUUUA